AUGGGCAAAAGAAGAAGGACUAGGACUCAAAAGCAGGAAGACACUGAGGCUGAUGUUGAUAUCAACAAGGAAAUAGAUAGCAUUUCUAACCCUAAAGAAUCUCUACUCGCUGCUGCUGGCUUAAAAAGAGAGGAGAAAGAAGAGACAAAGAAGGUCGAAGAGGUCAACAAGCCUAAAGAAUAUAAACCUUACAAGUAUUCUCAGGAGCCUACAGAUUUCCUCAUGCUUCAAUUUGAUAAAGAAAGCUAUGAAAAUGUUAAAUCAAUGAAAAAGAAGAAGCACAGAAUCAGUAAGUUCUCCACAGGAUCUCAGCCAAUUAUCAGAAUGAGAUAUCUCCAAGAUGGAUUGACUCAAAGAAUGUAUCAAAGACAGAUGAGUCAGAAGUUCCUCGUUCACCCCAGACUAGCAGUAAGAUCGGUGCUAAACAGGGUAAACCUCGCCUCUGAAAUCCAAGACAAUGACUAUAAAAGGAAGAAGUAUCUAGAGACUAUUUCCAUUCUAAACAGUUGGCAUGACAUGAGCUAUGAAUACACUGGAGAUAAUGAACUGAAGAUGCUGAGAUCGAGCUACAUUUUCCAUUGCUUGAACACAAUCCUUAGACAAAACGAACUCAAAUUUAAAAACGACCUGAAAGAUAAAGAAGAGAAUGAUGAGGAAUUUAAACUCAAGAAGAUGAUCGAAGCUGAGCUUGAUGACGAGAGCGAUAGCGAUAACGAAAAAGAGCCUGAAGCAGACCUUCAACCUGAAGAUGCCAAAUUAGAUUCUCCUUAUAUCAUACCAACCCCUGAGGCUAAGUUUGUAGGUGAAGAGGAGAAGGAUCAAGGGUUUACUCGUCCAAAAGUCUUAAUCCUCACAGGUUACAAGAAGAUGGCAUAUUACAUCAUCAAUGAAAUCAUCACUCAGUUUAAUUAUAGCUCAUGGAAGAAGGUUAUCAAAAAGAAGAGAUUUAAGCAGGAGUUUGACCUCAACACUGAAGAAGCAGUCAACGAUUGCUUCAAAGUUGGUAUUAGCUUUAUCAAAAAUGAGCAGAUAAAGCUAUAUGAGAACCUCAUCGACUCAGAUAUUAUCGUCGCAUCCCCUCUCGGUCUCAGACUCAUCACUGGCCAAGAGGGAGAGCAAGAGAACAGGAGAGAAUAUGACUUCCUUUCUAGUGUCCAAAUAGUUAUUCUUGAUCAAGCAGAAACAUUUUUGUACCAAAACGUUGAUCACUUGGAAGAGGUGCUCAAAAGUACGAACAAAGUGCCUAAAUCCUUGGACAUUUUGAAUGACAUUAACAGAAUUCAGGAGAUUUACCUUGAAAAGAUUGGGCAUAAUUUCAGACAAUCUGUAAUGAUUCAUAACUUCAGAAGUAUGGACUUGGAUUGCUUAGCAAGAUCUUAUCUAUCAGUUAAUUACACUGGGCAUGUAGAGGUUAACAAAUUUUACCCAAAUAACCUAUUGAGAGAGCUCUCUCUUGCUAAGAACACGAGGAUCACUAUGAGGAAGCUGAACACAGACUCUUUAGAAUUAGUCGAUGAGACCAGGUUCACCUUCUUCACCAAGAAGUUGUGGCAAAAGCUGUAUGAAAACUUAGGAGAAUACUCCAUCCUCGUGGCCAACUCAUACUUCGAAUUUGUACGUCUUAGGAACUUCCUUAGGGACAAGAACGCAAGUGUGGCCUACAUCAGCGAAUACAGUGAGCCUAGGGAUUGCAACAGGAAUAGAUCGUACUAUGAAACAGGGAGGAAGAAGUUCUUACUCAUCUCAGAAAGAGCUCUGUACUUCCAGAUAGUCAAGCUCAGGUAUGCCAGAAACCUCAUAUUUUACUCAUUGCCUGAGUCCCAUAGAGUUUUUGAGGAGCUGAUCAACCUUAACGAGGAGAAGAAAGCCAAGUUUAUUCUCAAGAAUAGAAUGAACCAUAGGAGAAAGCGAAGAGAAAAUACAGGCGAAGAAACUCCUGAGCCCACAGAAGCUGAGGAAAAUAAACUUGUAUUUGGCGAAAGUGUAAUAUUUGGCCUCUUUAGCAGAUUUGACGACCUUAAAAUGGAGAGAUUAGUUGGAACUAAUGAAUAUAAGAAGAUCAUUUACAAUAAGACAAAGGAGACCUUCCAGUUCAUGUAGAUUUUGAUAAAGCGGUAUAAAUUUCAA